CACAUUUUGAACUGCGUAGAGACAGAGGCAUCUUGCGUUGUGUGUGAGGCAAACAAAACUCAACAUGUCAGAUGUUGCAACCCCUGAAGAAGAGCUAACGCUAAAGCCAGAAGAAUCUACUGCAUCUGUGGAAUCCGACAUCGAGGACACGUCUCAAGAAACACCUAAUGGCGUGAAAACGGAAGCCGAAGACUCCAGUCCUCCCAAAGAUAAGCUUGAUGGCAAAGAGAAGACCUCUGGAAGCCGAAGAGGAAACCGCUUUCACCCAUACAAAGACAAACAUGGUGGAGAAAAGAAAGGGGCUCAGAGGAACCGUGUGUUCAUCAGCAACAUCCCGUAUGAUAUGAAGUGGCAGGCAAUUAAAGAUCUAAUGCGUGAGAAAGUUGGUGAGGUUACAUACGUGGAGCUCUUUAAGGAUGCAGAAGGAAAGUCAAGGGGGUGUGGUGUGGUGGAGUUCAAGGAUGAAGAGUUUGUCAAAAAAGCAAUAGAAACUAUGAAUAAGCAUGACUUAAGUGGAAGGCCACUCAACAUCAAGGCAGAUCCUGAUGGAGAACAUGCCAGACGAGUGCUACAGCGCAUGGGCGGAGGGCAACAGGGAGGCCGGGGCCAGGAAAUGGGACCCGGUGGAAUGAACCUCCCACCAUCCAUCGCCAACAAUCCCAACAUACCUCCUGACGUUAUCCACGCACUGCAAGGCGGGCGACUGGGCACCACCGUGUUUGUGGCCAAUCUUGAUUUUAAGGUGGGCUGGAAGAAGUUAAAGGAAGUUUUCAGCAUGGCAGGUGUGGUGAAACGAGCAGAUGUAAAGGAGGAUAAGGAUGGGAAGAGCCGUGGAAUGGGAACAGUCACUUUUGAGCAGUCACUGGAGGCCGUACAAGCCAUAUCCAUGUUCAACGGGCAGAUGCUCUUUGACAGACAGAUGCAUGUCAAAAUGGAUGAGAAAUCUCUCCCUCUGGAUGAUUUCCGUCAAGUAGAAAAAGCACCUCCGUUGCCACGAGGUCUAGGUGGUAUUGGAAUGGGACUGGGACCAGGUGGACAGCCUAUAAAUGCCAAUCGUCUGAGUGGGGGAGGAGGCAUGGGCUCCAUGGGCCCCGGAGUGAUGGACGUUCCUGGUUAUGGUGGAAUGAACAGACUGGGAGGAGGAAUGGGUGGAGGCAGCAGCGGCUUUGGGGGUAUGGACAACAUGGGAAACAUGGGGGGCUUCGGAGGAAGAGAUAUGGCACCAGUCGGCAGGAUGGGAGACAUGUACCGGUCAGGAAUGGGUGGAAUGGAUCGGGAUUUUGGCCACAGUGACAUGUCAGUGAAUCGAGGAUUUGGGGAUUCAUUUGGAGGAAUGGGUGGAGGUUUUGGAGGAAUGAGCAGCGGUGGAAUGGGACACAUGGGGACUGGAUUAGGUGGUGGAAUGGGGAAUAUGGGCCUGGACCGGAUGGGGUCCAGCUUUGACCGGAUGGGCAUGUCGGGAAUGGACAUGAACCGUGGAUACGGAGGCUUUGGAGGCGGAGGAGGACCGAGUCACAUGACCGGAGGCAUGUCCGACAGGGGCUCUGGGUCCAAAGGAGGAUGUCAGAUCUUUGUGCGAAAUUUGUCCUAUGACCUCACAUGGCAGAAGCUGAAGGAGAAGUUCAGUCACUGUGGUCAGGUCAUGUUCGCAGAGAUCAAGAUGGAGAACGGAAAGUCGAAGGGCUGCGGAACGGUGAGGUUCGACUCAGCAGAGAGCGCCGAGAAGGCCUGCAGGAUGAUGAAUGGAACCAAGAUCAACGGGCGCGAGGUGGACGUCCGCAUCGACCGUAACGCUUAGAGCUUUCGUAGAAGCGGCGUCCGCGUUCAGCCCUCUCUGCCAAUGAUCUUUUGUUUUGUUUUAAAAACACACUUUUCUUCAUAUCUCCACCGUGUCCACCGUUUGGUUUGUUGUUUAGACACUAUACGACAUAGCUCUUUUAUCUUUUGUUUUGUAAAACCCUUUUUAAUUUGUCAGGCAGUUUAUUGGAACAAAUAAAAGUUUUUAAUUUUUAAACC